CACAUGUACUACACAUCAUACCACAGCUCGAGACGCACGCCAGCAGAGAGACGUAGAGGGGAAGUGUCACAGGCAGGGUAGUUUGCAGAACAAGCAGAAGAAGGGGAAGAGGGUAUUCUUUUUAUAAAGUUGCCAGAAUCCCCUGCAUUUUGGACGGUGGAGAGGUAUGGCAGUGUGGGACCUGUCUGUUACGGUGGAGGACCUGGGAGCUGAUGCUCCGCCCAUCACUGUCAGUGUGACUUCUGACCUACACAUAGGUGGAGUCAUCCUCAAACUGGUGGAGAAGUCACAGGUAAAGCGCGACUGGUCGGACCAUGCCCUGUGGUGGGAGCAGAAGCAGCAGUGGCUCCUGCGUACGGCUUGGACCCUGGAGAAGUGUGGCAUCCAGGCAGAUGCCGUGCUCAUUUUCAUGGCUCAGCACAAGUCCCUGAGGCUGGGCCUGCCCAACGGCCUGACCCUCAGGCUCCGGGCCUGCUUCUCUGGACCUGUGUUCCGCACUGUGCUGGGCAUCUGCAAGAUGCUGAACAUCCGUCGGCCAGAGGAGCUGUCCCUGCUGCGUCCUGUAGAGGAAAAGAAGAGGAAGAAAGAUAAAGACUUGUCAGAGGAACUGCAUGACCUCACAGAAGUGCCUCUCACCUCAGUGUCCCGCCCCUGCUUGUAUAAUGGAAUGCCUGCCCAUUUCGCUGACUCCCUUCAGACUGAGAAGGUGUACAAGAUGCUGUCAGUCUCCCAGCCUGCUCCUGCCCCAGAGGCCAUCGCUAAGCUGUACCGUCCCGCCAGUGUGGUAGACAAGGCCCACAUCCACAGCAGGUGGCUGGACUCUUCUCGUUCACUGAUGCAGCAGGGAGUUCAGGAGAAUGACAGGCUCUGGCUGCGCUUCAAAUACUACUGCUUCCAUGACCUGGAGCCCAAGUAUGAUGUGGUGCGCCUGACCCAGAUGUAUGAGCAGGCUCGCUGGGCCAUCCUACUGGAGGACAUAGACUGUACUGAGGAGGAGAUGCUGCUGUUUGGAGCUAUACAGUACCACAUCAACAAGCUGUCCCUGUCGGAGCCCCAGACGAUGACCUCCAGUCCAGCCAUGGAUGACCUGGACUCAGCCCUACAGGGUCUGGAGGUCAAGCUGGAUGGGGCAGAAAGCAGCCCCCAAGACAUGCUAGAGAACCUGACUGCCCCAGAGCUGAAUGAUUAUUUGAAGAUAUUCCGGCCCAAGAGGUUGACUCUGAAGGGAUACAAGCAGUACUGGUUCAAGUUUAAGGAUGCCUCCAUCUCCUACUAUAAGAGCAAAGAGGAGAGCCUGGGAGAACCCAUUCAACAAAUCAACCUGAAAGGCUGUGAGGCUGCUCCCGAUGUGAACGUCGCUGGACAGAAGUUCUGCAUCAAACUUCUGAUUCCAGCUCCAGAGGGCAUGAACGAGGUCUACCUGCGCUGUGAAAAUGAGGAGCAGUAUUCCAGGUGGAUGGCAGCCUGUCGUCUGGCCUCUAAAGGGAAGAGUCUGGCAGACAGGUUGUUCCAGAGCGAGGUCCAGAGCAUCCUCUCCUUCCUGGCCAUGCAGCAGACCAACCCCAACACACACACCGAUGACAGCAUGAGCAUCAACACACACAGCCUGGUCUCUCCACGCUACAGCAAGAAGUACAAGGUCAAACAGUUGACCCCUCGUAUCCUGGAGGCAUAUCAGAACGUGGCUCAGCUCUCCCUGACCGACGCCCUCCUCCGCUUCCUCCAGAUCUGGCAGGCCCUGCCAGACUUUGGAAUUUCCUUCGUGGUGGUGAGGUUCAAGGGCAGCAGGAAGGACGAGGUGCUAGGCAUCGCCCCCAACCGUCUGAUCCGUAUCGACCUGGGGGUGGGAGACGUGGUCAAGACAUGGCGCUACAACAACAUGAGGCAGUGGAACGUCAACUGGGACAUACGACAGGUGGCUAUAGAGUUUGAUGGGAACGUGAACAUGGCGUUCAGUUGUGUGACGGCUGACUGUAAGAUCGUCCAUGAGUUCAUUGGAGGCUACAUCUUCAUGUCAACACGCAGCCGCGAGCAGAGUGACACGCUCAACGAAGAGCUCUUCCACAAGCUGACAGGGGGCCACGAAGCUCUGUGACACUCUCAACCCCCACCCCUCCCAGUAAUAUACAGCAGCUAUAAGCCCAAGGAGCAAUCUAUACAUCAGAUACACCAGUGGACAGUUUGAGUGUUUAAGGGUGCGCCUGCAGCAGCCUUGAAGAGAAAUGACAACCAGUCCACCCUGGGACCCUAAAAGACAUGCAGUUGCUUGUUCAAUAAACCAAGGAAGAGUUGACCAAUGAAUAUAGUCUAAUAGAAAAUGAUUAACAAUGUAAAGAAUUGUCAAUUCUGAAAUCCAGAAUUAAAUAUGUUUAUUGACAUAUAUAAAACAGUGACAGGUGUUUUAAUUUCCAGAUGAGGCAUUUGGCUUGAUGGUUGUGUCCUUAAGAGUAUGGUGGCAGAGUUUCCUGAAAUGUGACUGACGGCACAUGAAGCCGCAGGCAGUGUGUGUGUCUCUGUGGAGCAGUUGAGACUGUCCGUUGGCAAACCCACAGCUUGUGCCUGCUGGUUCCCAUCUGAUAGCAUCCUCUGUAUCUUUGUCAUGUGACAAUAUUAUCAGGAAUACCAGUCAGUCUCUGUGCCUGUACUGUGUCCUGUAUGGUAUUAGAGCUGUUGUUGAGGGUGUUUUCAGUCUCAGUCUUAUUCACCCAGAGUCUUCAGGGUUCUGGUCCCGAACAGUAUUGGAUACCAUGGAAACAGUCUAGACAGAACUGGAAAUCAACAGCCGUCUGGUGACAAAUUCAGCCAAGUCUUUACCUCCAAAGCACAGAUAACCAUCUUCACCUACUCCAGUGGCAGAAUACUCUCUGAAACAGAAGAUUUCUAUAAUUUGUCAAUAUUCACUUCCCUCUCAUCUAACAUCAUUCUCUUCAUGAGUGUGUGUCGUGGGUGAGGUAUUCACGUGUGGGUAUUAGUUUUAGGGCACGGCUGAAGUAUCGGGGAAGUAGUUUCCCCUCAGUGUCCCCAGGUGUCAGCAAUACACCGUUCUCCGACCAGAAGAACUGGAUACCCUCUGCAGAAGAAACAAAAACACACAGAGGAAAAUACUCAUGCAUUUAGACAUGAGAGCACUACAAUGGCAACACUCUGCUACUGUAAAUUACCUCGUUUGAGCUUACCAGACAAUGCUUUGGGGACGUCAAUGAAUAUGGCCAAGUCACAGUCUCUCCUCAUGCCUGGAGCAAAAAGAUACAGACAUCAAAACGAAGCCCAUCUAUGACAGGCUCUAUGAGAAGUUACCCAGACCCAGAUUAAGCCAAUUCAGGGACUAAAAGCACUUUAGGAAAUCCUUUAUUGAACAUGCUUUUAAAUCCAGGAGUAGGCUAUGAUCCAGGAGUAUUUCAGCCAAAAUACUUUCACAGUGCUUUCUCCCCCAUCUCCCUUACCGCUGAUGACCCCGUCCUCCCCCGGUAGGCCCAGGGCCAGGUGUAUGUGUGUUCUGUUCAUGCGGCUGAGGCCCUCGGAGCGGAUGGAGGGCCAGAGGCGGAGAUAGGAGCCAUGGAUUCCCUCCCUGGGACAAUCAGGAGAACGAGGCUGUACAGCCUUCAGGUCCAGAUCACACACCUGCCCAGACAGACAGACACACAGCAGACCCUUACUACUGAAACUAGACCUGGCACUGUUUAGCCAUUGUUUAUGACCCCGUCAUGCUCCACCUAGGGAUGCAUCAGAAAUGGCACCCUAUUCUCUAUAGUGCACAAGUCUUGACCCUAAGUGGGCUGAGCUCUGGCCAAAAUAAGUGCACUAUAUUGGAAAUAGGGUGCCCUAGAUAUUUUUCCUACCUGCACAGAGUGUCCCUGAUUGGCUCGGAUCUGCAGCCGUCGGUUCUCAGGGUGAGGGCGGAGCUUGAAUCGCUGCUUGUCAUUGGUGGCCACAACUCUCUCCACAUCCUCCAAUGAGAAGGCGUGGAACUGUGCAUGAGCCAGUAGGUCCUCCACAAAUAGGAAGCCAUCUAGGGACAAUGAGGGACAGCAUUAUUAUUCAGACCUAAAUGAGGAGUACAGAUUGUAGAUUACACAUCAUGUUAUUUAUGCAGCAAUAUGAAAUGCUGGUACAGUGGUAACUAUUAUAAGAUAGACAAAAUGCAGCCAAAUAAACUGCUUUUAUACCAGGA